AUGGCCAGCGCACUGGGGAUGCGCACUCGACCAAAUCUGUCAAGCCACGUCCUUUGGCAUGCUGUGACUGGACCCUUUACACCGAAGGCUGGGUGCUUUCGACUCCUAUCUUCUACGCAAUCGGGUGAAGGAGAAGGGCGCAACAGCGCAAGCUUGCAGGGACGAACCUGUAUGGUUACAGGAGGGACCUCAGGGAUUGGAUAUGCGAUUGCGAAGAAGUUUGUUCAGGAGGGUACGUCAAAGGUGACUCUAAUUGGCCGGUCAGAGGAGAGGCUAGAGACCGCGGCGGCACAACUACGCGCAUCUACAGCAAAGAGCAAUGGUAUCACGCCCGAAGUGGAAAUUGUGAUACAAAUAGGAGACAUUGGAAAAGCAGGUGAAUGGCUACGAAAUCUGGAGAAGGCAAUGACAGAUACAGACAUUCUAGUGAACGCUGCUGGAAUAUCACACUCUAAGAUUUUACCCAAGACUGAACCAGAUGAAGUCUCUCAGAUUCUCCAAACCAAUCUGGAAGGAGCGAUCUUGACAUCACGGGCAUUCAUGCGCGCUGCAAUCCGUGGCCGUGUGCGCAGCCGCAGUGAGUCUCCUAAGUCAUCCAGCAAACCCUCCAAAUGCAUUAUCAACAUCUCUUCCCUCCUUGCCCUGAAGGGCGGCGUAGGGGCUGUUCCAUAUGCAGCCUCCAAAGCUGGUCUGCUUGGUCUGACGAGGUCGUUGGCCACAGAGGCAGCUGCAUCCAUGAGAGAUGUCAUCAUCCGCUCUAACGCAAUUGUGCCCGGGUAUAUCGAGACGCCUAUGAUAUCAGAUUUCUCCGAUGGAGAAGUUGCCCGGCUGAAAGAUUCGAUUCCGCUGCACCGAUUUGGCAGGCCAGAAGAGGUGGCAGAUGCGGCUGUCUUCCUAGCACAAAAUGAAUACGCCAAUAACUGUGUUCUUAACCUUGACGGAGGCUUGAGUGCGGUUUGA